UCUGCUGUGUUUUAUCUUGUUGCAAGACCGGAAACCUUCAGUCGGUUAGAGGAAAUGGCAAGAUACAAAAAAACAACAGCUUUACUUUACGUUUGCAGCGCUGCUCCGUAACAUCGGACUCCUUAUUCAAGAACCGAUGCGUCACCGAAGUCCCGCUGUGCGUUGAGCGCAAAGAGAGAUAGAGAGAUCGAGAGAUAGAUAGAGAGAUCGAGAGAUAGAUAGAUAGAUAGAUAGAUAGAUAGAUAGAUAGAUAGAUAUGUGUGUCACGUUACUAGCGAGGCAUUGCACUAUGCUGAUAUCCGGAGAAAGAACAUUUAAACGGAAGAGGUUCACUGAUGCGCUUUGUUCAUUGUUACGAGUGAAUACAGUAGCUGCUGAAGACGCUGGCCCGAAAUCGUCUGGGACUGGGUUAUUUUUGCAAGCUUGGACUCUGUAAAUUGCUGCCUAAUUGAAACUGGAAACAGACCAUGGCCAGCUGGAUAUGUUUUGCAUCAACAGCCUACUGAGGGGAUCAAUGUUUGUCAGAUUUCAAGAGUCAAAAGUGAAGAAAAAGCAAGGAUAAGAUCCCUCGCUUUUAUGUUUGAUUUCUUACCCCAUGUUGUAAACGGUGUCUUCCUCCUCUGAGUAGAGCACAGCUCACCCUGGGCUUGGGUCCUCUUCUGAGUAGAGCACAGCUCACCCUGGGCUUGGGUCCUCCUCUGAGUAGAGCACAGCUCACCCUGGGCUUGGGUCCUCCUCUGAGUAGAGCACAGCUCACCCUGGGCUUGGGUCCUCCUCUGCCUUUCUUUCUCUUCUCUUUUUUUUUUUACGUUUUCUUGGCUCGGUCACUGCCUGCCAUGAGAUUCCGAAUUUACAAGCGUAAGGUUUUUAUAUUAACUCUGAUAGUUGUAGCCUGUGGCUUUGCCUUCUGGAGCAGUGGGAGGCAAAGGAAAGGUGAGGUGUUCACCAGAGACACUGAGGCGGGGAGAGGUAACCGGGGACAAAGCACGUCUGUCAACAGAAAAGCAUGGAACGAGACGUUACUGGACAAGGUGCAGAAACCCGAGGUGGACAACAUGACCUUAGUUUAUCGGGGGAUCGUUUACCAGCUGAACUUUGACCAGACCAUCAAGAAUGCGGAGAAGAUUACGAGCCGUCCGAAAGAUGACCUGGUCGUGGUGGUCCAAGUCCACAACCGACCCGAGUACCUGAGACUGCUAGUAGACUCUCUUAGGAAAGCCAAGGGCAUUGAAAACGUGCUGCUAAUAUUCAGCCACGACUACUGGUCCCCGGAGAUUAAUCAAGUUGUUGCCACCGUCGAUUUUUGCCAAGUCCUUCAAAUAUUCUUCCCUUUUAGCAUUCAGUUGUACCCUCAAGAGUUUCCCGGAAACGACCCUAAAGACUGCCCGAGAGACAUCCUCAAGAAAGAUGCCUUAAAACUGGGCUGCAUCAACGCAGGCUUCCCAGAUUCGUUCGGCCACUACCGAGAAGCAAAGUUCUCUCAAACUAAACACCACUGGUGGUGGAAGCUGCAUUUCGUCUGGGAACGGGUGAAAGCCUUGAAAGACCACAGCGGGUUGGUUUUGCUCAUUGAAGAGGACCACUACCUGUCGCCAGACUUCUACCACCUCCUCAAGAAGAUGUGGAGCCUCAAGAAUGAGCAGUGCCACGACUGCGACGUUUUCUCGCUGGGCACUUACACCCACGCCGGCUUCUCCAACAAGGCUGACAAAGUGGAGGUGAAAGCGUGGAAGUCGACGGAGCACAACAUGGGCAUGGCGCUGAGCAGAGAGACUUACCAGAAGCUGAUGCAGUGCACCGACACGUUCUGCAGCUACGAUGACUAUAACUGGGACUGGUCCCUGCAGUACGUCACCGUCACCUGCCUGCAGAGGUUCUGGAAGGUCAUGGUCAGUGAAGCCCCGAGGAUCUUCCACGCUGGAGACUGCGGGAUGCACCACAAGGAAACCUGCAUGCCCCAAACCCAGAAGACCAAAAUCAUGAGCAUCCUGCAGAGCAACGGCAACCAGCUGUUCCCCGAGACCAUCCUCAUAACCAAGAGGCUGCCUGUAGCUGCAGUUUCUCCACACGUGAAGAACGGUGGCUGGGGAGACAUCCGAGACCAUGAACUUUGCAAAAGCUACCGCAGGCUGCAGUGACAUUCCUUUCCAGGAACUUCCGACAAAAAGCCUUUUUGAAUUGCUUUUUUUUUUUUCUUUACAGACUGUUUCCAUACUUAAUGUUUUAUGGAAGUGAAGCAAAUAAAGUACAAUGUGUCUUUUAAUAACCAAGUAAAAAAAAAAUCUUGUGGAAA